CACUCCCCGGCCGCCGUACUGCCCCUACCGCGGCCAUUGGUGGGCCGUCAGGGCUGGCCCCGCCUCCCGCGGGCGCAGGGGAGGGAGGGGGAGGCCUGGCGGCCGUGGGCAGACGGCGGCUGAGGCGGUGGCGAUCGCGGAGCGGAGCUGGAGCCGUAGCUCUUCUGCCCACUCGUAAGUGCAACUGGUAUGGGUAAUGGUGUGAGAGAAGGUCAAGUGGAUUUCAAACGGCAGGAUGCGGAGCCGAUUACAUCAACCCAUCUUCCAUCAGAGGAUAACCGGGAGAAGAAGAAAGUACUCAACUCCCUGAUGUCUGGUGCAUUGGCUGGCGCUGUCGCUAAAACUGCAGUAGCUCCACUGGAUAGGACAAAAAUCAUGUUUCAAGUGUCUUCGAAAAGAUUUUCUGCCAAGGAGGCCUACAGGCUGAUUUAUCGCACCUACCUCAACGAAGGCUUCUGGAGUCUCUGGCGGGGGAACUCAGCCACCAUGGUCCGUGUGAUCCCUUACGCUGCCAUCCAGUUCUGCGCGCACGAAGAGUACAAGCAGCUCCUGGGGAGUUACUACGGCUUCCAGGGAAAAGCGCUGACACCCUUUCCUCGAUUCAUUGCUGGCUCUCUGGCAGGCACAACGGCUGCCAUGUUAACCUACCCCCUGGAUAUGGUCCGUGCUCGAAUGGCUGUCACGCCGAAGGAGAUGUACAGCAAUAUUGUUCAUGUCUUCAUCCGGAUAUCCCGAGAGGAAGGAUUGAAGACGUUGUAUAGGGGAUUUACACCGACCAUCCUUGGAGUGAUUCCGUAUGCUGGGCUUAGCUUCUUCACCUACGAGACGUUCAAGAAACUACAUGCAGAUCACAGUGGGAAAUCGCAGCCGUCCCCUCCGGAGCGGCUUUUGUUUGGUGCCUGUGCAGGCUUGAUUGGCCAGUCGGCUUCUUACCCCCUGGACGUGGUUCGCCGACGAAUGCAGACGGCGGGGGUUAUGGGACACACGUACAGUUCCAUCCUUCUCACCAUGCAGGAGAUUAUAAGAGAAGAGGGACUAAUCCGCGGCUUGUACAAAGGACUCAGCAUGAACUGGGUCAAAGGUCCAAUUGCAGUGGGAAUAAGCUUCACAACCUUUGACCUGACGCAGAUCCUUCUCCGUAAAUUACAGCACAGCACUAAUAUUGAAAGGAGCGGAGCCUCUCAAACAAACCCGUGCUGCUGCUGGCUCCUCACCUGGUCUCUGUGGGCAGAUGAAGCGGUGGAUGAUGAAAGAGAGGACUCGGUGCUGUUGGAGUGAACCCCUGAGUCUGGGAAGUGUGGCUGCUGCUCCUGGUAGGCGGUUUGUAGUCACUGAACAUGUGUUAGCUGGAGGCAGUCUGCCAAGUGCAAUAUUCCAGUUAGUCUGUAGGGAAUUCCAGAUUCCUCCAAUGUGUAGGCAUUGGUCUCCGUAAAACAGGAUGCAGCAGGAUUUAACAGGUCCAGGUCACCACUUUUGUUCUGGAAGUUGAAUGCGAGCUCUGGCUGGAAACGCCGCCCUCUUUCAAAUGUUCUUCUCAUUUAUGGGUUUUGUUGCAUAAAAGCCCUUGCUUGCAGUGUCCCUCUGAGAUUACCAAAGAUUGCAGACAGCAGGGGAGGAAAGCUCUGAGCGGUUUUGUAAAUCAAAUUCUCAUGUUCGUUGUCAGUGUUGCUGAGUUGGGACUGAGCCUGGAUUCACAAACUGGAUUGAGUGGAACUGCAGUAGUGCUUUCGGGCUACCCAAACCCUUCCGUGUUGUCGUGGUCCUGAAGGCAGUGUUUUGCAAGGGAUUUGGCAGGCUGAACUGUCAAUGCGCAGGAAAAGGAAGUGUUACAAGCUUAAAAUUGAAGCAGUUUUAUCCUUCAGUAUUACCGUUGCUGCUUUACGCACGAUGCAAGAACAAACAUCUCCAAAAGACGCGCGUGUGAUGCAGGCCUGGCUGUCCCGAAAGGCUCUUCGCGUCUGGUGAAUGCAGCCUGGUAGCUGACUCAAGCUGCUGGCCCUGCUUCUGAACAACCUUGUUGUCUUUUGGUGCCUGCUGUGUAGGUUCUGUCACCUCCGUUCAUUACUCCACACCUAAGCCAGCUUGCUUUUAUUCCUAGAGUUCCUCUGGACCAACUGGGUCCUUGGGAGAACGGGCUCCACAGCCGGUAUUGACCCUUCAGAAAUUACAUACAGUGCCAAUCAUUUCCAAUUGCAAUUUGAAAAUGAAUGGUAAAGUACCUUUCGGUGUUUCUAUUUCAAACAGUCUUCAAGGAAAUGGAGAUUUGGGGGUGGUUUUGUUUUAUGUUCCAUUCCUAUAUUAAAUUUGGAGUGCAAGAGAGGUCAGAGCAAACUUUAGACUUCUCUGAGAAUCAGAUUACGUAAACCAAGAUUAAAAAUCCUUUUCCAGCUGAUAUAGUCGGUAAUGUAUAAAAGAAAAAUAAGUUUAAAAGCUGUCCUUUUCUGGUGUAUGUAUUUUAGCCGUUGUAGUUUGAGCCUUGUGUCAUUGCUUUAUUAAUGGGAAUGGAGGUAAUUGCACAACCGGUAGAAAUAGCUUUCUCCUUUCUUUUGUCUUUGCACUUGUUCUUGGAGCAUAACUUGCUUCUAAUGCCAAAUAUUUCCCUAGGAAUUGAGCACCUACGCUUCCAUUUUGUGGACUGGCAGAGCGCCAGCAGACCGAAGUAUUAACGUGCAUGUUGUUCCCAGAACACGUGGGAUCAAUCAUGCUUUAAUGGUUGUGGAUGGGCGGGGUAUUAACCUCAGUAAUUUCUGCCUCCGAGCCCACAAAUGAUGAUUUUUGUUGUGAAACUUGACUGCAGUCACUGAUUUACCUUGUAGCUAAAGAAACGUUAGGUGGUGGUGUUCUAAGAGUCUUUAGAGACGAUAGCCAUGACUUCUGUAUAUUUUUAGCUCCCAUUGCUAAUGGAAGAUGAUAAGCUGUUCUCUUCGUUUGGGUAAAACUCUGUUCAGUCCUUUGCAAGAGCUCUGAUUUCUUUUCUCCAAUGGAGAAGCCAAUUACUCGUGCUCUUGUCUUUAUCUUGUCUGGCCCAGUGAGGAAAUACUAAGGCAGUCGCAUCCUACCACAGAAGCGAGGUACAGACCAGCACCUAGGUGUGUCGGCAGCUGACGGCGCGUACAUGCGUGUCUGACUGUGUGCACAAUCCAUGCCAGGGUCUCUCUCGGCUUGGAGGCUGCCAGUUGGAAGCUCAGUCCUUUCUGCACAGCCGACGGGUACUAUAUGAAGCCGAGAGGAAGCUGAGCUGCGGCACCCAAGUUAGGGCGGGCUCCUUUGCUCCACAAUACGGUAGGUCAUCUCGGAGGCAAGCGCAGCAGACCUUGUCUUAUGAGAUGUUGAGCCUCACUGAACCCCUAUGGUAACGGAGGUGGCUUAAUUCCUCCUGGGUCCUGACUGAGAAGGGAUUUACACUGGAUGACUAGCCUCUUGUUUGGGACUGAGUGGGAGGGCAGACCCGCACACGGUACCUUCUGCCUCGCCAGGAGCGCAGCGAGUGUAUUGAGUGAACGGGGAAGCGUGCGGCGGAGGCGGCGCUUGGGCGGCCCGGGCAGCACCCGCCUUGCAGCUGAAACGCGGGGCAGGCAGCUCGGCCAGAGCCUGGCGACUCUGAGCUGAGAAACAAGACCUGAAGCGCAGCCAGACUUGGAAGCGCUGGGCUCAGAUAAGUUGUUCCUUAAUUAGCAGCUGCACCUGAUUUGAAUUCAAUGGAAUUUUAGCCAAACACGUUUUUCCAAGUUUUGCAGGCUGAGUGUUCAAGGGCAGACCUUCGAAUUCAGUCUGGAAUGGUUUUGGUGCUUUUGUUUCUUGGGCAAAAGUGUUCAGAGCAACUGUGUGUUACUGCUUGGGGUUGUUUUAAAUAGCUUUUUUUUUUUUUUUCUCCGAUUUGAAUGUAGAAAAGGAGAAACAGUGUGUUCUCUUCCCUUCCUUUAAUCCUUGCAUGUAUUAAGACACGUUCCAGAUCUCUCUGCUGCCUGGAGUGAGUGCCCGAGGAGUUUGGGGCACGCUGAUUUGGACAGGGAGGGUGCCUGUGUGCUGGCCAAGAAGGUCCGUUGCCUUUAGCUGUGAGAAAGGAGGCAAGUCGAACAGGAAUGUUCUCUAGUCCUUCUUUUCUUUAGAACUUCUUUACUACCCCAAAUUCCCCGUAUUUUUUUUUUUGUCACUUUAUUCUUCCCAAAUUUCUUGCUUUUAUUUUCCAGUCGUGUUUCUCCUUGUUCUUUAAUGCGUUACCACCAAACAUUAAUUUCUACUCUUUUUUUUUCUCGUGUCUACUCUCCCUUCCUGCUUCUGCACCUUUAGUCCCGCACUAGCACUUCAAGAAAAUCGGAUCCAAUGAAACGCAUGCAAAAUGACAAAAUUGCAGCUUUGAUAGCGAUGCCCAAACAGCCCAACUCGGCUUCCCACGCGCAGGCGAGGGUGCUCGCGUGCGGGGCCACGAAGUUAAAGGCGCUAGAUGGUGGGGCACGUGGUUUUCUUGCAAGGUUCUUCAACUACUUGUCCAGCCUUUCCUUCACAAGCUGCGAAACGCUGCUGCUUCUCAUCGUUUCCUCUUUCGGUACCGCCACGUGAUGCCCGCUGUGCCCUGUAGAAGUGGCUGCUUGCUGGGUAGGGAGCUCGGGGAGCCUCGGAGGGUCCCUUAGGGAGCUCCAGUGUGUGAGAGGUGGGAUCUGAGCUGGCUUCUUGCAAACCCCUUUGCCCUGCAUGCCCCGUGCAGCCCUCUACUAGUUCCCUGGGAAGACAGAGCUGCCGAAGAGCCGGCUGGUGGUUGGCAGGACUGUGGUGGAAGGAUCAGGAGAGGAAUCGUGGCCUCCUGAGGCAUGAAAUCAAUGAAAGCCAUGGGGUGGGUAGUGUGGUGUAGCAUUGGUACUCUGUGGAAGCUCCCCAAAAGCGGUUUCGCAGCUUCUGUGGAAAAGCAGUGGUAAUUCGGUUAACUUUUUACGGCCUUCCAUGUAGGAGGACUCGAGCACUGUUGUCUUCACCUCUGGUGUCUUUAACACAAAAGCAGAUGAGGCAUGAAAGGAAACUUUGAGCAGAAGCACUGUGGCAACCCUGAGCGAGUCUGGUGCCAGUCCUGGGUGGGCAGGAGGAGGAGGAGGAAAUGCAGUGGGAUAAAUCCCAGGGCAUUUCCCCAGUGCCUGACUGGGUACUUGGGCAUCUUCUGGACCUUCCCUACCUGGACUGGGCCAGAGGAGGAGGUGGCCUUCCUACAAAACACCCCUUUUUUGGUUUUUUUUUUUAUUAUUGUAGGGGCUGAUUCCUCCUGCUACCCCCAUCUGCCCCUUAAAGCCGUGUGAUGCGGGGUUUCCCAGCGCUGUUCGCUGCCUUUGUGGUCUAUGCAUAUGUUAGCACAAACACUGUUAAAUGCCUUUCGUCAAGACGUGUCCUCACCAUCGAUGUGUGCGUGUAUGCGUGUGUGUCAAUUUUGACUGCUUUUCUUGGAUCUGGAGUUCUAUUUUAUUGCAGUGAAGAUACUUUGUUACAUAAUGUUUAUAUAUUUUAAGAUUUGUGCCAAGAGAGGAUGUAUAUUUAAUAAAAAAUAUAAUUGACUUCG